UGACCAGUGACGUCACUGAACUCCUUCUGACAGCUCCGUUCUAUCAUCUACCUUUGGUGACGUAAUGUGACUCUGAGAUGGGUGAUGGUGAUAAGUGAGGUUCAGAUGACUGUACCAGGAGCUCUGAGAAACACGUGAUGUCAGAUUUUAGAACAGAUGAUUGUGGUGUCACAGAAGAGACACAUGAAGAGCAUGCCAUUAUCUCAGAUGUAUCCUCAGCCUUUCACAGCAAAGAUCUAUCAUCAGAUCCUUUAGAUGGAUUUCAAUCUUCUGAUUCAUCACAGACUGUCAAGCAAAAUAAAAGCCACAGAAGAAGUGUUCAUCAUCAAAGAAGUCAUACAAGGGAGAAUGCUCUUUCAUGCUCAGAAUGUGGGAAAUGUUUUAAAUCUAAAUCAGAUCUUACUAGACAUGAGAGAACUCACACAGGGGAGAAGCCAUUUUCAUGUUCAGAAUGUGAAAAAUAUUUUUACCGUAAAUCACAUCUUAUUAUACACAAGAGAACUCACACAGGGGAGAAGCCAUUUCCAUGUUCAGAAUGUGGGAAAUAUUUUAACUGUAAAUCAGAGCUUGUUAUACAUGAGAGAACUCAUACAGGGGAGAAGCCAUUUUCAUGUUCAGAAUGUAAAAAACAUUUUAACCGUAAAUCACAUCUUGUUAGACAUCAGAGAAUUCACACAGGGGAAAAGCCAUUUUCAUGUUCAGAAUGUGAAAAAUAUUUUAGCUGUAAAUCACAUCUUGUUCGACAUCAGAGAAUUCACACAGGGGAGAAGCCAUUUUCAUGUUCAGAAUGUGAAAAACAUUUUAACUGUAAAUCACAUCUUGUUAGUCAUCAGAGAACUCACACAGGGGAGAAGCCAUUUUCAUGUUCAGAAUGUGGGAAAUGUUUUAAGGAGAAAUCAAAACUUCUUUACCAUCAGACAAUUCACACAGGGGCAAAGCCAUGUUCUUGUUUAGAAUGUGGGAAAUGUUUUAUUGAUAAAUCAAGUCUUAUUAAACAUCAAAGAAGUCACACAGGGGAGAAGCCAUUUACAUGCUCAGAAUGUGGAAAAUGUUUUACUGAUAAAUCAAUUCUUGUUAUACAUGAGAGAAGUCACACAGGGGAGAAGCCAUUUUUUUGUUUAGAAUGUGGGAAAUGUUUUACAUAUAAAUCACGUCUAGUUGUACAUCAGAGAAUUCACACAGGGGAAAAGCCAUUUUCUUGUUUAGAAUGUGGGAAAUGUUUUAUAGCUAAAUCAAUUCUUUUUAAACAUCAGAGAAUUCACACAGGGGAGAAGCCAUUUUCAUGUUCAGAAUGUGAAAAACAUUUUAACUCUAAAUCAAAUCUUGUUAUACAUGAGAGAACUCACACAGGGGAGAAGCCAUUUUCAUGUUCAGCAUGUGGGAAAUGUUUUCAACAGAAAUCACAUCUUCUUAACCAUCAGAUAAUUCAUACAGUGGCGAAGCCAUUUUCCUGUUUAGAAUGUCGGAAAUAUUUUGCUUAUAAAUCAAGUCUUGUUAAACAUCAGAGAAGUCACACAGAGAAGAAGCCAUUCUCAUGCUCAGAAUGUGGGAAAUCUUACGCACAGAAAGCAUAUCUUGUUAUACAUGAGAGAACUCACACAGGGGAGAAGCCAUUUUCUUGCUUACAAUGUGGGAAAUCUUACACACAGAAACCAUGUCUUGUUAUACAUGAGAGAACUCACACAGGGGAGAAGCCAUUUUCUUGUUUACAAUGUGGGAAAUCUUUCAUACAGAAAUCAAAUCUUGUUAGACAUCAGAGAAUUCAUACUGGAAAGAAGUGAUUUUAAUGUUCAGAAUUUGAUAACUAGAGAUGAGCGAACUAUUGAAAAAUAAAAUUCUGCAGCUUCUUCAAAGUUCAACAAGAAAUUUGAUUUGUUCCGAAUUAAUUUGUCACGAAUUACUAUGUUAAAACCCCAUUUAGCCUAUAAAUCAAUGAGACCAUUUUUAACGGCCCCUUAGACCGAAGUGCACCUAACAGCCAUUAAAAAUGGUCAUACGCUCAUAUACACAUAUGGCCUUUUGGGUUAAAAAAAAUCACUCACCUCAUGUAGCUGGCCAGCUAGGACCUGUCCUAGGUUGCUAGUG